AGCGAUAUUACGUAAACAUUCUCAGGUCGAUAUCUUCUUUUCGCGUGUUUCCGCCAAGGAGGGGGGCUUCCGUUCGAUGUUUUCCGGUAACAUGAAAUGCGGAACACACAGACUUCGGGAAGUGCAGUUGCGCAUUCCACAGAGACAGCCUGCUCGGGUAGAUUACCAGAGAACGUGGAGCGGCAGAGACGGAGAGUGUGAGGAGGGAAGACGGGAGGAUGUGGUGGAAUUUGGAGCAGCUGACGUUGCCCCCGGUGACGGGUCUGUUGUCACUGGCGUCGCCGCCGGUUACAGGGUUGCUAUGGUCACUGCUGCUGUUGUUUCUGUGGUACUGUUACCGCCUGGGCUCUGAGCCCUCCCCUCGGGGGAGGAGUCACACCCUCCCACGCCAGACCAGCUCUCCAGAGCCACGCCCCUCCACGGAGGCCAACGCCCCCAUCACCAUGGAAACCAGUGAUGGACAAGGGGUUGAGAGUUACCUCACACCAGUGCUAAGCCACGCCCUCUUCCCAGUCUCAGCGUCAGCAGGAAGCAGGAAGCUGUACGAAGCUCUGCAGGAGUACGCCAAGCGCUACAGCUGGUCCGGCAUGGCUCGCAUACACCGGGGGCUACGCCAUCAGUCCAGGGUGAGUGAGCGUUUCUCUGUCCAGAGGCCACACCUCUUCUACCUCCCUGAUGUCCCCAGCAUUCCGUUCUUCCCUCGAGACGCCCAUCGUCAUGACAUCGAGCUUUUGGAGGCCAGCUAUCCCAUCAUCCUCGCUGAGUUCCAGGCUGUGUAUCAAAGAGGCAUUGACCCAAAACUGGGUUGGAUGAACCAGGGGCCCAAGGGCCAGGCCGUGUUCCCCCUGUAUAAUGCAGGUGUGUGUGUGGCGUCUAACUGCCGUGCGUGCCCCUGUUCGUACCGCGUGCUGCUGGCGCUCCGCACCUUCAUCAGCUCCAAUGCUCUCGGCGCCGCAGGGUUCUGGCUCCUCCCACCAGGAGUCUGUGUGGGCGGAGCCUACGGGCCCACUAACACACGCCUCCGAUGUCACCUGGGUUCUGCUGAGGAUGGCCCGAGGGUGAUAUUCAGUGUGGAUCUGUGGCAUCCUAAUGUGGCUGCAGCAGAGAGACAGGCUCUGGACUACAUAUUUGCUCCCGAACAAUAAACAUCAACAAGAUAAACAACAACAAAUCAGCACAAACACACUGUUUCUCUUGAGACGGCCACAUGAGACUACGCCCAUCAAACAACCUCACAUGAAGGCCACACCCACCCCAGAAUCACAACCAAUCAAACAACCUCACAUGAAGGCCACACCCACCCCAGAAUCACAACCAAUCAAACAACCUCACAUGAGGCCACACCCACCCCAGAAUCACAACCAAUCAAACAACCUCACAUGAAGGCCACACCCAUUCCUGGAACAGCGUUGUGAUUGGAGGAACAGCAGCAGGAGGUGAACUGAUUAAACUUGAAGAGAUGACUGACUCCCUCAGCAGCAGAAAUAAUCCCAAGCAUCCCAACCAUCACCCUGCUGCCUCCUACAGCAGAAUAAUCCCAACCAUCCCAACCAUCACCCUGCUGCCUCUUACAGUUAUAUAUAAUUGAGGAGGCUAACCUGUAGCAUGUGCCUGCUCUUUGCAUGGUGGCUGAUGUCAACCUAACUAGCAGUUUAGCAUGCGGGUGUGUGUGUGAGAGAGAGAUGUUUACAAUUGAAAUUAAUCAAUUUGAAUUUAUUUAUGGUCUUGAAAUAUUUAUUCUUAUUCUUAUAAUAUCUAUUUUGGAAUUAUAUCUGAGGUUUUAUAUGUUGUUAUAUUAUUGAUUUAGGGUGGUAUUAUUAGUUGUAUGUGAUUAUUUUUUUAUUAUUUUAAAAUAAUAAAUUCUAUUUAUUAUUUCCCUGUAUUUAUAACAUUUUAUAUAAUAUGUAAGAUUUGCAUCCUCUUAUAUUCAUAUUAUUUAAGCCAUUGUACAUUUUAUAUUGCAUUAUUAUUAUUUAUAAUUAUGCAUUUUAUAAUAUGUUAUUAUUUUUUAUAAUUAUGCAUUUUAUAAUAUGUUGUUAUUAUUUAUACGUUGGCUGUAGGCAUGAUGAGCUGUGAUCUUUCAUGAACCCUGUUAUUUUAGUAUUGAUUAGUUAUGCCUGAUGCCUCACAGAACCCUGAGCACUUGUGAUAUUCUACAGUUGAUUAGUUAUGCCUGAUGCCACACAAAACCCUGAGCACUUGUGAUAUUCUACUGUUGAUUAGUUAUGCCUGAUGUUUUGAUGGAACCAGAGCACCUGUGGUAUUCUACUGUUGAAUAGUUAUGCCUGAUGUUUUGAUGGAACCUGAGCACCUGUGAUAUUCUACUGUUGAUUAGUUAUGCCUGAUUUUCCCUGAACCCUGUGACUGUGAUCUGAAAUCUGACUGUGCUUCAUAAACCCAAACCCUCCCCUAACCUAACACAACCCCAACCUCUAACCUAACACAAACCCAACCCUAACCCUCCCCUAACCUAACACAAACCCUCCCCUAACCCCUGGAAGAUGAUGCAUGUAUAUUUAUAUAUGCGCUGAAUAUAUAAAUAAAACAGAUGGAUCUACCCAGAAUGCCACU